AUAUAUAUAAAUAUAUAAAUAUAUUAUAUAUAUUAUUUCUUUCGAUAUAUAUAUAUACAUACUCCCUUUUGAAUGUUGAGUCGGUUUGGAUUCAGCAAGCCUACAAGUAUCGAUGCUCAACUUGAUAACAAACGCGUAGCGUUGGAAGAAAUUUUGGAUAUGGAGGAUUGUCUAGGUCAGGUACAAAUGCGUCACAAGAAACUUAUUGACUUUAUAAAACGACCUUUGAUCAUCUCUCAACUCAUUCGUCAUUUAGUUUUGGGGGACGACAGCAAUUACGCUUGGAUUGCUUGUGAAAUCUUGGCUUCAGCAAUCCCUUCUAUCAUGGAAACAUUGGUAUUUCAACAUCGAGAAUUAUUAUUGGUAUACUGGGCUUUAUUAUAUCAAACUUAUCGACUCACUCGUCAACAAGUCGUCUAUUUUUGUAAAGUCAAUCAAGCUCUUUUAGCUCGUCGACCAGCUGAUAUGGUACAAUUCGUUACUCGAUUAUCUGAUCUUUUACCACACUGGAUUUAUCAUCUGGGUGAUCCUCAAGGUUCUCAAUUGGCUGAUUUAUUAGUAUCUUUUAUCUAUUCUGAACGUAUGAUCGAUUGUACUGGGAUUACAAAAUGGUUUUGUCAACAAGGACUUAUUCGACUAUUGACAGAACAACUGAAUCCAUCAGUAGAUCCUAUGAUGCGUCAGAUUUGUCAACAAGUAUUAUGUGAUAUUACUCGGUUAAGUCAAACUUCUCAUCAAGAUAUGCAAUCUAUUGGACCCAACGAUUUGAUGAACGAUUUGUCAAGUACGGAAACAAUUAAAAGGGUGAUGGAUUCGAUGCUGGAUACGACAUCACCUGAAGCAAUUGAUAGUUUCGUUUGUGGUGCAAAACUAUUUAUCAACAUGAUCCGAUACAAUGACGAAAGAUACCUCAACAAUGACAACAUAUUGACUAUGAAUGAUCAUAUUCCUACCAAUUCCAAAAUACUUGCAUCCAUGUUGACAUACUGCACAACUCGAUUACCCGAGAUUUUAUAUCUAUUGGAAAAUCCAAGAUCAAAGCGAAAGGAUCGAUUAGGAAUGGAACGACUUGUAUUGUUAGAACUGGUUGCUGAAUGGAUUCAUUGUUCAAAUUUGAUUGGGAUUCAAGAAGAGGGUGAUGGCUUCAAGUCAGCUUAUUGUACGCUUGGUGUUACAGCUCGUGUAUUGGAUCUUUUCUUUGCAUUUCCGUCGUGUAACCUAGCUCAUUCUGUGAUCUGUGACAUGAUCGGUCAAACUUUUGAAAACAAAUGUUUACAUCGGAAAAAUAACAAACAAAUGAUACUGGAGGUAUUUACAAGUGGGCGUUUGAUUCAUCGGAUAUUAGAAGUGAAUACUCAAGUCAAGGCAUGUCCCGAAUUAUCUCGUACUUUGGGUUACAUGGGACAUUUGACUUUGUUAACCAAAUCCAUUGUACAAAUACUGGAUUCACAACCAUACUUGGUCAAAACUCUUGGUGAUAGUGUUCCUUGGGAAGAAUGGGCUGAUUAUGCUAAUAUCGUCCUGAAUCGUUGUGAAAAAUGGGACAUCCCUCCUCUUUCUGAUAUAUCGGUAUCAGCUUCUACAACAUCUUUAUCUACUGCCACUUUUCCUACACCACCUCCACCAAUUCAUAUACCAUCAUCAUUAUCGUCAGGACCAUUAUCGUCACCUUUACCAUCACCAACCGUAUUACCUUCAUUGCCUUCAUCAUUUUUAUCAACAGAAGUAAGUUAUCAUAUACUUUAGUAUUCACACAAUCGAUCUUAACUUUUUUUUUUAUUUAAUUUCUUUUCUAGUUUCCUGUUGAUGCUAGCUAGUUGAUUAUACCAUAGAUUAGACUUGUUUUUUUUAUUACUUUUCUUGUUUAUAUUUAUCUCAUCUUUUUUUUUUUUUGAUUAUAUGAUUGACCAUAUCAAAUCGUACUCUUCUCUUUUUGUACAAUAAUAAAAAGCACAUUCACAU